CUUCAUGAGAACCAUUCAAUGCAUAUAAACUAAUGAGCAAAUGGACAAUAAUACGGAUUCAUUCACACACACAGAGCAUUCUCGAAAGGACAUCGAUGAUAAGCGUCAGAGAGAAGGAGAGCACAACAACGGCGAUGAACAUUUGGUAGAGGAUGAAGAUAUCUCCAUAGAUGCAGAGGGGAAUGACAGGGCUCCUGCGUCCAUUUUUUCCAUACCUUCAACACCUGUCAAACGAUCAAAGCGUAAUCCGUCAGUCAAGUGCCCCAUCUGCCACGAGAUUGUAGUUCCAGGCCAGUAUGAGCAGCACUACCGUAUGGAGCUCACACAAUUGGAAGCAUGCGCUUCGUAUGAAAUACCUCGAGGGAAAAGAGGCGCCGCAAUCGCAGCGACGAAACAGUUCACGAAAGGAAAGAGUCGUGGGUCAGCGGCCGAUAAUGAGAAGCGUGGAGUGUUGCGCGACAUUCAAAAGCGAAGAGCUGCUCGACAAAACAACAAGGAAGGGCCUUUUUUAUCGUCAACAGGACAUGGUCGUAGAUUCUUAGAUAUAGACCUUGGAUUAACAGGAGCACUAAACGAUGUCCUCCUUUUAGGUCAGAGUGAAGAUGCGCCAGCAACAUGUUUCAUCUGUAGUGAGCGCCUCUUUGGCUCACUUGACGACAUUAACAAUCAUAUCGAUUCUUGUCUGACAAACCCACAACUACCACCGCACUCCUCAGGAAGAGUAAAUAUAUCCUCUGAAGCACAUACACCAAUCUCUGAAGAGGUUUCGAUGAGAGGCUCUACGGUUACGAUGCCGAACGAACGAACAGCAGACUCCUUUGAAGAAUACACUUGGGCGGGUCAGACAAGGAUCCGAGCCACAUCACUGUUUGAAGGAGGUAUGGGAGCAUUAGGAUCUGGGUCCCAACCGAUAGCAGCUUCUGCUCAGGAAGAUGUUGAUGAUGACUUGAAUGUGGAAGACGAUGAAGAGGAUGAAUAUGGCGGGGCACAGUUCACGGAGAGGGACGUGGUGAUGGAUAGUGCGGACCCGGAUGCAGAAGAGCUGAGGGAAAUUGUACUUGCGUCAAGUUCUACAUUAACCGCUUCAACUCAGAGAAGUAGCACAUCGGGGAUAACACGUCAUAACAGGAGGAGCAGCGAAGUGGAUAUUAUAGAAGAAAAUGCAUAUCCAGACAAGAUUGAUGACGAAGUGAAUGAGGAUGAGGACAUUGAUCUAGAAGCCAUUGAUGAUGAGAAUGAUGAAAAAGGGAAAGAAGAGUUUAAAAUUAAUGCCAUGAUUAGCAAUGCAUUUGCGUCCGGAGAUACGCGACUGGUGAUUGAAGCGUUGCGAUCCAAGAUUAAGCACUUGGAAUCUGCAAGUAAAAACGUGCCCUCAUGUCUGAUCUGUUUAGAGCCUUAUACUGCUCCUCUAACGUCAAUUGUCUGCUGGCAUGUGCAUUGCGAGGGAUGCUGGAUGAAAACUUUAGGCAAAUUUUCGGGAUGCACCUUUCAAAAUGACUUUCACGUGGAAUUGUUCAAAAGUAUUUUCUCAUUAUCGUCAUUGUUGACAGCCACCAAAUACGCAUCACGUCUUUAUGUGAUCUAA